AAAAAAAAAAAAAAAAAAAUUUUAUUUAAAUAAUGAGACUUGCUAUUUUACGGAUCAUGACGCUGAAAAAUUACAAUAGCCAAACCAGAAGGAAUAACAAUGAAGGGUCAAAUAAUAGUAUUUCUUUUAUUCUUUUCUUAUUACUAUUAUUGUUAAAUUCACCGGUAACUUCUGCGGGAAUUGGAUCUGUAUCGGGACCAAGUAUUCAAUUAGAUGUAGUAGAAUAUGUUAUAGGUGUAGAAAGGAGAGCCAAACUUGCUGAAGAUAGUCCUACACAGGAAUAUGAACGAGUUAAUUUAUUGGAAAAUAGUGUACCUCCGACAAAAGACGGGACUCAGGGAAUUUUAUUUGAAUUGUUUCAAAAUUGUGAUGAUAUGAAUAUAACAAUGAUACCAAAUGAUGUAGUCAAAGAAAUUCCUUCAAGAAUGGCACUAAUAACAAAUCCAAAUUGUCCAUUAAUAUCGCUUAAUUCAGCACUUCAACAAAAAGUCACAGGAGCUAUUAUUAUAGCAAAUACAUCAGUUAUAUCAGAUCAGCCUUCACCGCCAAAUAUUCCUCCAAAUACAUUUAAUUUUCCCAUAUAUUAUGUAGUUAACGCUGCAAAUGGUCAAGAAAUAAAAAAAUUCUUACUGGAUAAUAUUUAUUUAAAAAACGUUACAGAUCAAAAUGGAAAUAAAGAAUUAUUAAAAUAUCGGGUUAGAGCUCUUUUAUUACCUCAAACUUCUUUCUUUCCUGGAGUUUGGGAAUUCACAUUGAUUAUCGUCG